CGCCCAGUUUAAAAAAAAAAAAAAAAACAGAGUCUUUUCUUCAAGAAGAUCUUUACACUCUCACUAACUCUCUCUCACACACACAAGAAGAAGAAGAAGACCAUCACGAAUCUGAGCUAUUAUGAGUUGGUUGUGGAAAAAAGAUUCAUCCUCCUCCGACGCUGGUAACGAUUUCACAGAUCAGCAGCUCGGAGACUCCACUUCCAACGGGUACUGCACCACCACGGAGGUUGAAAGAAAGGUGUGCAAGACGACGAAGGGCUGGCGCGGUAAAUCCGUCAAGAAAUGCGAAGAAUCCAAGGAGUUCCACAUCCGUUGUGUAGGGAAGCCUUACAGAGUCGCCCAAACCAACACGGAAGACGAUCUCAAGGCUCUCCCGAAGCAGGAUGAUGAGAAUCCUCUAAUGCUCUCUAUCGAUGCAGGUGCCAUGAAACGAAAGAUGAAAGAGGCUCUUGGAACCAGCAGGUUAUAUGGAAAGCAUUUGUAAAAGAGGAAAUGAAUACCCUAAGUAACUCAAGAAGUGCCCACUAGGUUUCAUAGAAAAUGCAAGAGGCAAAUCAACAUGAAGCCUAUCUCUCUCACCUCUACUUUAGUUUCUUGCUUUCUAUCUUUGUUAACCUUCUGUUGUUACUGAAUGUAACUUGAAUGUUGGAAAAGAACGCAGCAUUUUAAUGAAUUGGAUCUAGAGUUUUAAGUAA